AUGGCUCACCAUUGGACCCGCGGUGGAUUCUGGCAGCCGCCGCCGCCAACACCUCCUACCCCUCUCCCAACAAACAGCAGCCCUUCAGGCAUGAAUCCAUGGGCGUAUGCUACACAAGCACCGCAGAGUCAGGCAACUCUGGACUGGACAGGCAGGGCAUAUUGGUUGAAUCCAUGGAUGGUUGACACGGGCACAGCCUCCCAGGGUGCUCUGAACUCUGCACAGUUCGCGGAACACACAAACGUGUCACAAUACGAAGUCUGGCAACAGCACUAUUACCAAUCGGUGACGCCGUCUGAAAUUUUGGCGGCGACCGUUUGGGACGGACCAGCGUACACGCCUUUCCCCGCUGUCCACCAUGAAGAUCAGAUCUCUCUUGGACAGAGAACUCGGCGUCAUCCUCGACGAGCUCCACACUUCCUCUACCUUCCCAAGGCGUCCCACUACGCAGAAAAGACCGGCAUUGGUGUCAUCAAUGCCAGAUUAAGCCUGAAGGUUAUCGCACCAGAUACGAGCUGGAUCGGCAUAGAAGCGUUUAUCACCCAACAGCGCCCCGAAAAGUAUGGGUCUGCAAGGACGUGUCCGAGGGCGGAAGGUUCCUGUCCGGGUGUAAGAGAUGCAGAGACGGCCAGACAUACAACACAAACUACAACGCUGCAGCUCAUCUUCGACGAGUCCAUUUCAACCCAAAAGAGACCUCCCAAGGUCCUCGUGGUGGACAUGGUGGUGGAAGAGACCCACCUAUGCGUUACCUGCGAUUCUGGAUCGAGGAGGUGUAUGAGCCAGAGCUGCAAAGCGGGAGAGCAGGGAUUCGUAGACGUCGAUAGUGUUUCAAAAGUCAAUACAUGA